AUGGCAAAUGCAGGACAAAACACCAAUGGUUCUCAGUUCUUUAUAACCACGGUGGCAACUCCAUGGCUGGACAAUAAGCACACUGUUUUUGGAAGAGUUGCAAAGGGAAUGGAUGUUGUACAGGCCAUAGAGAAAGUGAAGACCGACAAGGCUGACAAGCCAUACCAAGAUGUAAAAAUCCUCAAUGUGACUGUUCCGAAUAAUGGAAUACUUUCAUUAUCUGAGUCUCCACGCUCUGACCAAAGCUCAACGAUACUGUUGCCGCAUAUAGUGGUGGUGCUCUUUGGAGUCACUGGCUGCCGAAAUCUUGCAUCACAUAAAUUAUGUGGCUUGUCAGUUUCCACUGUUCCAGGACUACCAAAGAAUGUGUUAAUGGGAGAAGGUAAGAAUUAG